GGUCCGUGCUCCACCAAUGGCCGCAUGGCCCAUGGUUGCAAUUGCUUAUCUCCAACGAAUGCAUCCACGGGAGGGCCAACCACUUGCGCUUGACACCACGCGCGUGCCGAUCGUCGGGUAGUGGAGUAGCGUCCACGCCUCCAGCAUGCGCCCAAAAAGCUCGCCGCUAGAGGACCAUGGCUGGCACUGGCAAGUACCACUACCGCCACUGUUCCGUGGGGAGACCUCGCACUGAAGUGAAUGCCAAGCGAGCCGUAAGCUAGAGCUAGCAGCGGUGGUAGGCUGGUAGCUAGCUAGAGCCUAGAGCAAGUAUUGCGGCGGCGGGCAUUGCCGUUGCCGGCGGCAUGGCGGCGCCGGUCGAGGUCGGCGCGCGGGGCACGGUGGGCUCGCUGGUGCUCCGGGAGGUCGAGUACUUCCGGAGGGUGGAGGUCGCCGGCGGCGGCGGCCACGGCAAGAAGAGCAGCAGCAAGGUCGCGGCCAGCGGCGGCGGCAGCCCCCGGAGCAGCAGCAGCAAGAAGCAGCAGAUGAGGAAGAAGAAGGGCGGCGCAGGCAGCGGGCCGUUCUUGCCGAGGAUGUGCUCGUCGGCGGAGGUGGCGGAGGACCCCGGCAGCGGCGGCGGACGGAGGGAGCGGCCGGCGAGGGUCCGGUACCGGCCUCUCGGGGAGGAAGGGGACGCUCUGCCUCAGGAGGACUAACCGGCAGCUGCUGAUCAGAGGACGUACAGGAUGGAUGGUGGAGCAUUCUGCGUCAGAUCCGAAGAAGUGUAUGUGCUGAUGGGUGCUGGGUGAUUUCUUUCUUGUCCUUCGCUUUUCUCUCCGUGUAUUUCUUUUGGUUUCCCCUCCAUGUCUUCACUGUUUAUUACGACUAGUAGAUCAGAGAAUCAUGUGCGACUUCUCGUUUAACCUGUAUCCAUGGCUUGACUGCUUGUGCUCCAGGCAUCAGAUUAGCUAGCCCAUAGUGACCUAUCCUGCUAUGAUUGACACAGAAUUGCUUCAGAAUUCGAGCCAAA